UCGUCAUCCUGCAGCGAGCCCUAUCCCAGCAAAACUCAGAACGCCGAUGCCUCCGAUUCAAGGAGCACACCAUGUUGAGCCAAAUGUUGGGCGAGAAGCAAGAGGAAGCAUCAGCUCGAAGCCAAUUGGUGCCCUCAAUCAGAAGACAGAGUUGAAGUCGAGAUCUUCCUAUGACCACACAGAAUUCUACAAAUGCUGCCUUGGUGAUAGAGUCGGACAGACCAACUGACCUCAUACAAUUUUCCAACGGGACCGGUUACCGGACCCUUAUUUUCUAUACAAGUCAUCAAGGUCCCCCCGUCUGGGUAUCUUCCCUUUUUUUGGUCCAACCUGCAUACUGACUCACGACCUGUUGCCCUCGUCAACCAAUUUCCCCAUAAGAAGAGGAGGCAAUCGCAAUAUACCUCUCAUUCCAGAAUUCAACCGUUUGAUACCCACCCACUCCCCACUAUCAGUCAUCGAGAUCUGAUCCCAAGCCAAAGAGAGAGGAAUUGUUUUACUCCCAGGCAUUCCCUUCCUUUAAAAGAUCUCUCGAUAAUACACCACCCACCCUUCUCACUCGUCAUGAUGCAUCGUGCUGGCUUCCGCACACUGAAAACAACAAUGGCUCACCUCCAGACUCGCUCCCUCUCCUCUGCUGCCUCCGGGUCGCAGCCCAGGCAUCUCAUGUCCAUCGGCGACCUCACCCCAGCCGAGUUCACCAGACUAGUCCUCAACGCCUCCUCUCACAAAAAGGCCGUCAAAGAUGCCUUCGCCGCCGGCCAGACACCACCAAAGCCCCUCCACGGCGCCAUGACAGGCAAGACCGUCGCCAUGAUGUUCUCCAAGCGCAGCACCAGAACCCGUGUAUCAACAGAAGCCGCCGUCCAGCUCAUGGGCGGCCACCCAAUGUUCCUAGGCAAAGAUGACAUCCAGCUCGGCGUCAACGAAUCCCUCCACGACACCUCAGUCGUAAUCUCCUCCAUGACCUCCUGCAUGGUCGCCCGCGUAGGCCCUCACUCAGACGUGACCGGCCUGGCAGCCUCCUCCUCGGUCCCCGUAAUCAACGCCCUCUCCUCCGACUUCCACCCCCUUCAAACCAUCGCCGACUUCCAAACCAUCCACGAGUCCCUCUCCUCCACCCCCUCCUCCUCCUCCCUCGGCCUCGAAGGUCUCAAAAUCGCCUGGGUAGGCGACAGCAACAACGUCCUCUUCGACCUCGCCAUCGCCUCGGUCAAAAUGGGCGUCCACAUCUCCGUCGCCUCCCCGACCGGCUACGGCAUCCCCCCCAACAUCAAAUCCAUCAUCCUCUCCGCCGCCCAAGGCGUCCCCAACCCAGGCACCUUGACCGAAACGACCAUCCCCGAAGAGGCGAUCAAGGACGCGGAUAUCUUGGUCACGGACACGUGGGUGAGCAUGGGGCAGGAGGAGGAGGCGAAGAAGAGGUUGGAGGCGUUCAGGGGGUAUCAAAUCACACAUGAGCUCGCCAAGCGCGGGGGGGCGAAGCCGAACUGGAAGUUUAUGCACUGCUUGCCUAGGCAUCCCGAGGAGGUGGACGAUGCUGUUUUUUAUGACGAAAGCAGGAGUUUGGUGUUUCCAGAGGCCGAGAAUAGGCUUUGGGCUGCGGUUGCUGCCCUCGAGGCGUUUGUGGUCAACAAGGGCAAGAUUCUCUGAAUCUUUGGGGUAGAUGAGAUGAGGUAGAAGGGGGUCUACAAAAAAAGCGUCUUGGUUGGUUUUACAUCAGGGGGCUAGGGAGCGUAUGGCUUUUUUUUCUGGAGAAAGGCGUACGGAAACAAAAAAAGUUAUAUCACGGGUAGCGAUUUGAGAAAGAUGUCAAAAUAAUCUGGGCAAUUCAGAUUCGG